UGGCACUGCACACUGGAAGAACAUCUCACCCUCACCUUGCAGGAAACCCUGUGGAGGACACCGGUCUCCAGAUGAAAAUGUUUCAGAUUAGAGGAUACUUUUUCCCCAAUUUAGACAUUUUAGACCAAUUCAGCCUCCCAGCAGUCACAUACUCACUGAUUGUUCGUAUCCUCAUUUUUCCACAUGCCCAGUUGUGCAAGAACGACAACAAAGAUUCCAAAACUCCCUCUUUUUUUUUUUUUUUGUUAGGUGGCUUUAUUUAUGCUUCAAGUUGAUUUGAGCUGUGUUUGCUCUUGUUACACUGAGCUGCACCUUGAGAACUCACAGAGGUCCAGCUCCCUCAGACUGGACGCUGAAUUAUUGACUUAUAGCAAGUGAUAAUCCAACCUCAUUUUCACAUAUUUUCCAGUCCGCAUUACUUUUAAAUUUGACAGCCUCCCAUCUGAGAGAGAAAGCUUUCUCCACAGUACUGACACAGGUCAGCAACCAAGAGGAAGAGUAAGGAGUGUCAAAGGCCAGUGGAGUCCCACCAGGGACGCACGGAGCGACUGAAAGCGACAUGUCCCUCCAGGGCAGAUCCAUCCCAGCCGAGCAGAGAUGGCAGUCGGCACGCAAGGUGCAGCCGUGGGUGCGGGAGCAGCAGUGGGGUGUCCUGGCAAAGCGGGGCAUGGAGAGGAGCAGGUCGGGACGGGGAGGAGAGGAGCAGAGUGGGGGGGACACGCGAGGCUGGAGCAGGAGCUGCAGAGAGGGCGAAGGGAAAGGGGGGGAGCAGGGAGGGAGGACAGCAGGGGAAGGAGGCAGGGCAGUAUAAAAGCAUCCGACACGUACCUCUCCCGACACAGAGCGAGGGGGCGAGAAAGUGGGUCUGGAAGCAGCAGCAGCAGCAGCAGCCAGGAGGAGCGGCAGCCGCUUGCAAACACGCACGCACGGUGGCAGGAGAGAGUGCGGCGCUGCCCCUGCCAGCCCUAGGGCACUGGAGGGAAGAGAGAGGAGAGAUGGAGCCAGGGCUGCCCGCAGAGACGCCGCCGGCCGCGGGUACCUGCCGCCCGCCGCCGGGCAGCGCCGGGACUCUGGCCGCCGCCGCGGCAUCCCGCCCCGACGUGGCUCCGCCGUGGUGCGGCGGCCCCCGCUGCUGCUGCUGCUGCUGCUGCCGCCGCUGCCCCGCGCCCGCCGCCCGCCCCGCCGACGCCGAGAGCGGCGCGGUCCCCGCCGCCCGUCCUGCGGCUUCUGGGGCCGGGGCCGGGGCCGCUCCGGCGGCGGCCCCGGCUGCGGCGGCGGCGGCGGCGGCGGCCGCCGCGGCUCCUCCUCCUCCUCCGCCUCCUCCGCGGCCGCCGCCGCGGGGCCCUAAAGCCGCCCGGCUCAAGAGGAUGGUGCGGCUGGCGGCCGAGCUGCUGCUGCUGCUGGGGCUGCUGCUGCUCACCCUGCACAUCACCGUGCUGCGCGGCGGCGGGGAGCCCCACGCCCCCACGGGCGCCGGCAACCACAGCCAGCGGCAGAACACACUGACUGCAGAGGACCACUCUCCUGAAGACAGUUUCACCCUGAACCCCGAGGAGCGAGGAGAAUACCCCGAUCUCCAGGCUGCCCACCGGCCAUUUCCGAAGGAGCAGUUCAGGCAGGAGAGUGGGCACACGUCCUUGCAAAGAGAUGGACCCAGGUCUUUCCUCCUGGACCUCCCAAACUUCCCUGACCUGUCAAAUGCAGAUAUCAAUGGGCAGAAUCCCAACAUUCAGGUCACCAUUGAAGUGGUGGAUGGCCCCGAGACGGAGGCAGACAAGGAUGUGCAGAAGGAGAGCAGCAAGCCCAGCUGGCCAGCCCCGUCGCCCGGCUGGAGGAGCUGGUGGCAGAGGUCCUCCACCUUGACCCGCAUGAGCAGCGGCGACCAGGACUACAAGUACGACAGCACCACUGAGGACAGCAACUUCCUGAACCCUCUCGGUGGGUGGGACGGCCGUGCACCCGGUCACCGGGCCUUCGAGGCCAAGGAGCAGCCCGAGUACGAUUACAUCGACGGCGAGGGCGACUGGAGCCCGUGGUCGCCGUGCAGCGUCACCUGCGGCAGCGGCAGCCAGAAGCGCACGCGGUCCUGCGGAUACGCCUGCACGGCCACCGAGUCCCGGACCUGCGACAGGCCCAACUGCCCAGGGAUCGAAGAUACCUUCCGGACAGCUGCCACAGAAGUGAGUUUGCUUGCAGGGAGCGAAGACUUCAACGCAACCAAGCUGUUUGAAGUUGAUACUGACAGCUGCGAGAGAUGGAUGAGCUGCAAGAGCGAGUUCCUGAAGAAGUACAUGCACAAAGUGGUCAACGACCUGCCCAGCUGCCCCUGCUCCUACCCCAGAGAAGUUGCCUACAGCACUGCUGAGAUCUACGACCGACUGAAGAGGAAAAGCUUCCGCUGGAAGGACGCCAGCGGGCCGAAGGAGAAGCUGGAGAUCUACAAGCCCACGGCGCGGUACUGCAUCCGCUCCAUGCUGUCCCUGGAGAGCACCACGCUGGCGGCGCAGCACUGCUGCUACGACGACAGCAUGCAGCUCAUCACCAGGGGCAAGGGGGCCGGGACGCCCAACCUCAUCAGCAUUGAGUUCUCUGCAGAGCUCCACUACAAAGUGGACAUCCUGCCCUGGAUCAUCUGCAAAGGCGACUGGAGCCGCUACAAUGAAGCACGGCCUCCCAACAACGGGCAGAAGUGUACGGAAAACCCGUCGGACGAAGACUACUACAAGCAGUUUCAAGAAGCGAGGGAAUACUGAGAAGAUUUCUUCCUUUUCUUCAGAUGCAAAAUAGCAUUCGUUUCCUGAAUGCCAAAGAACGGAUGGUGGCUGCUGCGUCGGCUCCUCGGCAGGGGUUGAUCAGUUCCUUUCUAAUGAAUGUAUAUAGUUGUAAUAUAAUACAUGAGUAUUUUUCACCGUGUGUGUAAUUUAUAAACACGUAUCUCUCUGGCUCACACACACCUAUUUUUGCAUACAGACGUACAUAAGUCUUCUCCUGAUAGGAUUUUUAUACUGCAAUAACGUUCAUGUAAUAAUGUGCAUUUCAUUUUUUUAUUUCCCAUCUGUAACAUAAUGAAUGGAGUGGGUGGUAGCUGCCAUCACCAUCAGGCCCCAAGGCCCCAGCUGAGGAGGCACAUAUUUAAAAGUUGUUAUAAACAAUAGGAUUGAAGAAUGUACUCUUCCAUAUGGGAAUGGUUUACAAGAUUAAUGCACCUACAGCAUCAGUUUUCUCCAUAAUUGGUUUCACGACUAGUCAUAUCUAAGGAGGGAAGAAUUUUUUUUCAGAAGGGUGAUAGUCAAAAGUGAAUAUAGAAAAUCCCUAGUGAUUUUUCUCUUGGAAUUCUUCCUGUUACCUUCUAGCUCAGGUCUUUGCAGUCCACCUGGGGUAGGCUUGCAGGAAGAUGUAGCUGUGGUUUUCCUAAUGGCCAGAAAAUGUCCUGGUGCGGUGGUUCUGCAAGAGUUACAAACAGCCCCCUCCUGGAGACUUCUCGGACACGAAGCUGCAGCUGUUGGGGCUUGCAUCUCCAGAGCAGCUACCUGUGAACUGAGCAUGCUGCAAGUCUUUGGAGGAGUGAGGGCAGAGAAGGAAUCCAUGUCAAAGGACCAAAAAGAUCACAGUUCCUACCCAGUUUUUAAUAUGAAGAAUGUUUGGAUCUGCUUGUUUCUUUCUUUUAAAAAAAGGAAGAAGUUUAUUAUUUUAGAGAACGGUAAAAGUGGAAUCCACAAGUUCCCUGGGAUAAAAGAUGCAACCAGUCCUUUCCCCCCAUUUUUCUCAUGCUGAGUGCACAGUGUCCUACAGAAGUAGCUAUUCUUUAAGGGAAGCUUCCUGGGAGGAACUACUGGGUGUGUUAAAAUGUCUUAAUUUUUUAAAAAAGCUAGCAUUAUUUUUGUAAAGUAUUUAUUGAAUUGUAACAAUGACUCACAUGUGGGAUAUAUCUCUGACAUGAAAAGCUUCUGUAGAUGGAACUUGAUUUACAAGAACACGACUGUUGUUAGGCAAAGGUUUUACUUCCAAAUUUUUAUAAAGUGCAAGUUUACAUACAUAAUCCUGUCGUAAAGCAGCUCAUAUCUGCGUUCUGAUGAAAGAUAAUAGUUACACCCUGGGUAAAUAAAUACUUACAGUUCCAUCCUGAGAAAGAGACUGCCUUGCUGCAAGUCGGUGUGUUCAUUUGGAAAGCUAAGGCUAAAUGUCACUAGAGAAAUGCCUAUUUUGGGGUUGUGCAGUCUGACACACACGUGUGGAACCUCACACAGCGGUAAAGCCGACCGGCAUCGCGGUCAGUCUGAGCUCAAAGAUUCAGACAGACAAAAAAGGCAAAUCCCUCUGCUAUAUACAGACACACAUAGAGGAUGUUUAAGGGACCUUCCAACCCAAACCCUUCUGUGGCAUCCUGUAAAUCUUUUCCGUGUCUCUGUUGGCCUCUCGGGUGCGGUUGGUUGCCAGCUCAGGGAUGGAUGCGUGUGGUGCUCCUGGCAUUGACACGGGCACAACAACGCCGCUGGCCUGGGCAGGGCCAGGUUUGUGUUGGUCUGCCCAGGUGGUGCAGACCAGGGGCUCAGAGGCAGUCUGGGCCGUGCACACCCAGUCUGACCCUGCUGCAGAGCCCCAGCACUGUGCCCCAGGUCUCCAAAAACACAGCGGUCCGGGCAAAGCCGCUGCGCAUCUGUGCCAGUGACCGCGCUGCUGAGGGAACCUCGGCAGCUGCAGAACUUGGCCAAGCCAUAGGAGCAUCCCAGCUCCAGACUUGGGUUGGUGGGGAAGACGUGGAUGUGUUCUAGCACAAGCUGGUAGUAACAAAGCCUGGUUAGUUGAGCAAGAGGGUAAACAUGGGGAUCACCCCUUAUUUUUUAUAGAAACCAGAUUUUGUAAAUUCUUGCAAGGUCAUACGAAGGCGCCACUGGCUCGUGGAGCCAGUUAAAUUGACAGCAGAUGGAUGAAAGGCACAGGGAAGUCCAGGAUCACUUCACAGGGAAGACAGGUAUUUUCAGGGAGAAAGCACUGCUUCUUACUUAACAAUGUGUGGGGAACAACAUUCUCAGGUUUCUCUGGGAGAGAGAUGAGAGGGCCGUUGGUCACAAUUCUUGAAAUACAAAACACAUCCCUGCCCUUUGUGGAUUAGUAAAUUAUGGUGCUAUUGAGAAAUGCUACUGCACUAUUAAUACAGAACAUAACACAUAAAGUGUCAGGGAGGAGAAAAAAUUAUUCUAAUAAACGAAAUGACGCACAAAGUUUCAAGUCUUGCCACUCGUAAUUUGCCAAGGCUGGAAACUCUGAGGCAGCCAAAUAACUUCUGAUAGGACCUGCUAGGUGUUUCAUAGGAUGAGUCCUGGAGUGCAGAUUGAGAUAGUGCCUUCUCCUAAGUAACAGUCUUCAUUAAAACAAAGUCUGUCCUACUUCAUAAUAAAUUCUAAUCCAUUCAGAGCUGGGCUCCUUAUUUUAUUUUAUUUUCUAUUUAUCUCCUUUCCAAGGACCAAAACUGUAC